AUGGGUUCAAUAAUGCCUAUUGUUCAGUCCUGCGAGGACGGCCCGUAUCUCGACGGAAGCCAAGAGCGCAAGGUUUCGUUCAGCGAAGAAGUCGAGCUGAUUCCGCCAAAAGAACAGCAGGGUGUGAAGGCUGAUGAUGAUAUUGUCUCGAUUGUGGAGGUGGCACACGAGAGCGGCAUCAAGGCCACCUUUCACAAGUUGCUACUUGCUUGGGCCUUGUUCGUGAAACGUGGAAGCCUUGGACAUCUCGAUGAGGAUUUUGUACUGACCUGGAGGUCAAAAGAUGUGCCGGAAUCAAUGGAAUGCCUGCUGUCGAAAUUGAUUCCAUAUAUCAAGGAUGAGAUAUCUGAGUACACGCCACGUUUUCAGCAAGCAAUGGGGACUCCUCUAGACCUUGACUCAGCCAUAGUCUUAGAAGCGAAGCCUGCACCAAGUACGAUCAGCAACUCGUUGAUGUCGAUAGAGGCUCGAAUAAGAGGCGAAGCUGUUGAGCUGAAAGUGGUCCAGAAGCAAGUUGAGCUCUCUCAGAAUCUGACCAGAACAGCUGUAGAUACACUUGCCUCAAUCCUCAGAAAUGUGGCUGGUAAGAACAAUGUAACUCUUUCACAAUGCUUCGAAAUACAACCUCCAGAGCUGAACAAGCUCUGGGAAUGGGGAUCGAUUGUACCAGACCCGAUUGCUCGAACUAUACAUUCGUACUUCUGUGAAAAUGCUGAGAAAUAUCGAGACAAAGCAGCAGUUGUAUCCUGGGAUGGCGAGCUGACAUAUGCUGAGCUCGACCACCUCUCAACACAACUCGCGCACAAGCUCAAGGCCAUGGGAUUACAAACUGGUUCACGUGUCCCGGUGUGUUUCGAAAAGUCAAUGUGGACUGUCGUCGCUGUUGUCGCGGUUCUGAAGGUCGGCAGUGCAUUCGUGCUGAUGGAUCCAUCUCAACCAGAACGACGCCUCACUACCAUUAUUGAUGAGGUCGAAGCCGGUGUCGUGUUGACGAGCGAGAAGUACAUCGAACUUGGACGGAGACUUGCACCAGAGGCAGAAGUAUUUCCUGUGGGACCAGCUCUACGGGCUGAGCUUGCGAAGCAGGACAUAGACUCAUUGCCAGAGGUGCUGUCUCACACGCUGAUGUAUAUCAUCUUCACUUCUGGCAGCACUGGCAAGCCCAAGGGUGUAAUGAUCACUCACGAUAACUACACGAGUGGCGCGAUACCAAGAGCGUCCAUCGUGGGCUACGAGCCAGAUACGAGAGUCCUUGACUUUGCAUCGUACGCCUUCGACGUGAGCAUUGAUUGCAUGCUGCUGACACUCGCCACAGGUGGUUGCAUCUGCGUGCCAUCUGAUGAAGAUCGAAUCAACAACCUGAGUCAUGCGAUACGCAGAAUGGAUGUCAAUAUGGUGCACACUACGCCAAGUAUAGCACGAGUUUUCGACGCAGAUGUCAUUCCUUCUUUGAAAGUGCUAGGCCUUGGUGGCGAAGCUGUCCCAGCACACGAUGCUGCAAGGUGGAAUGAGCAGACAAGAGUACUAGUCGCAUAUGGUCCAAGUGAAUGCACAGUCGGUUGUGCAUUCGCUAGAUGGGAUGCGAACAAGGCAUACACAAGCCUUGGCAAAGGUUGUGGUGCUGUCCUCUGGCUUGUAGACCCAGAUGACCAUGAUAGGUUGAGUCCGAUUGGUGCCCCAGGAGAACUGCUUGUCGAAGGUGCCAUUGUGGGUGAAGGUUAUCUCAAAGAUCCCGCAAAAACUGCUGCAGCUUUCAUAGAGGAUCCAACAUGGCUAAUCCAAGGUGUUCCAGCACGGGCUGGACGGAAAGGUAGAUUGUACAAGACAGGCGAUCUGGUCAGGUACGAUCCGGAUGGCAGUGGUGCUGUCGUCUUUGUGGGCCGCAAAGACCAACAAGUCAAGAUAAGAGGACAACGUGUCGAGUUAGAAGAAGUCGAGCACCAUUUGAGGACGAGAUUGCCCUGCAGAACUGCGGUUGCGGCGGAUAUCAUAAGACCUGGUGGCACAGGCGACCCUAUGCUUGCGGCAUUCGUGGUCGAGCAUGAUGUGAAGCAGGAACAGAUAGUAGAUGGUGCUGGUGAAUUCAGCCGAGAAUUCAGUGAUGUGUUAACGAAUUUAGAACGUGACCUGAAGAAGGAUGUGCCUGUUUACAUGGUACCUGGCACAUUCAUCGCCAUAUCACAAAUUCCCACGACAGUUUCUGGCAAGACGGACCGGAAACAGCUUCAAGCAAUUGCUGCAUCCCUUUCGAGACGUCAACUGGCCGGAUGGAGAACACAGACCAAGGCCGUCACAAAGUCACGGUCACUGUCGGAAAGAGAAGACAAAAUUCUUGGGCUUUGGAGUCGGAUCCUGGGCAACUUGACAGAUGUCAGUCCGGAGGACAACUUUUUCGCCUUGGGAGGUGAUUCCUUGAAGGCUAUGCGAUUGGUCGCACUUGCCAGAGAACAACGGCUUUCUUUAACCAUGGCCACAAUAUUUGCUCAUCCUACACUUGAGGCGCUUGCUGACAAUGCUAGCAUUGUACAGCUGACACAGGAGGUCGAGAUAUCACCAUUCUCGAUGCUGCAAUCUGCACAAGACAUCAAUCAUAUCGUCCAGACAGUUGCUGAAAUUUGCAAGAUCAACGUGAAUGCCGUUGAGGACAUUUAUCCAUGUACCCCUUUGCAAGAAGCAUUGAUGGCACUCUCAGCCAAAGUCCCAGAAGCGUAUACCGCGCAGAGGACUGUGACAAUACAGAACAAAGCUGAAGCAGACCGGUUUUCAAGAGCAUUCGACGUUGUUACUAAACAAUGUCCUAUCCUCCGUACUCGCAUAGUACAUCUCCCUUCUCAUGGGCUCGUCCAAGUGGUGUUGAAGACUGGGUCAAAAUGCAGGCUGGCUGGUGACUUGCACACAUAUCUCCUUGAGGACCGCAACCUGGCGAUGGAGCUAGGAUCGCCACUUUGCAGGACUGCCCUGGUACAGAAUUCCGAUGAAAGCACCAACUUCGUGCUUACCAUGCACCACUCGCUGUACGACGGCUGGUCAAUGCCUCUAAUUGUUGAUCGAAUCAAUCGGGCGUAUAAAGAACUCGAGCAACCCUCUCGAGCUUCCUUCAAGAGCUUUCUCAAGCACUUCAUCAACCAGGAUCGGCGGCAAUCAGAAUCUUUCUGGCGAGUGUUAGUGCAAGGCACGAUGGACCGACAAUUUCCUGUCUUACCACAUCCACAGUACGAAACACGUGCAGAUUCACUGCUCGAAAGAUACGUACAGGUACCAAGCGAAUCGGGAUCAAGGAACACCUUGGCCACAAUCAUUCGCGGCGCAUGGGCGCUGACUGUGAACCAAUGCACGAAGACAUCAGACAUCGUAUUUGGUGAAACCUUGACAGGACGCAAUGCAGAUGUGCCAGGCAUCGACCAAAUUGAAGCACCACUUAUCACCACAGUGCCGACACGGAUACAGCUCAGGAACAUGGCAGUAUCAGAAUAUCUUGACGCAAUCCACCAACAAACCAUUAAUCGGAUGCCGCACGAACAUCUCGGCCUUCAGAACAUCAGAUUACUGAGUCGUGAUGCACGUGUGGCAUGUGAUCUUAGAACGGGGUUUGUCAUGCACCCCAGCACCGAGGGUGAUUCAGGUGCGUUGACAGAUGGACCAGCGAGUGGGCUUGUGCCAGCUGGCGACAACGAGGCUGCUCAAGAGGCUCUAAAAUUCAAUUCGUACGCGUUGAUGAUGGUGUGUACGCUCGACAAGCGGGGCUUCCUAACAAUGGCGAGCUUCGACUCGAACACAAUAUCUGUGAACGGGAUGAAAAACCUGCUUGAGGUAUUUGACCAAAUGAUACAAGCACUGAGUACUGGCGGCGACAAGACGCUGAGCGAUAUAUGUGAUUUGACAGAGAAUGUGACUCCUGAACCAGUGGCAUCUCAGUCACAGACCACGAAACAGCCAAUAGAGAACAGCGGAGUGGCGACAACUCGCGAAACGCCAUUACUUCAAACUCAGCUUGCUGAGCUUUGGAGCCGCAUCUUGCACAUCGACAAAGCUGAAAUUGGCAACGACGAUGACUUCUUCGAUCUCGGAGGUGACUCUAUUGCGGCGAUGAAGCUGGUAUCAGAGUUGAGACGGUCAAAUUUUAUGCUUACUGUGGCACAAAUUUUUGCAAGCAGACAGCUAAGUAAGAUGGCUGACCUGUUGCAAAGCGGAAGCAAACGGACCGUCGAGAAGGUUGAUGAGUCGGACUUGGAAUCUCAUCCUUUAGAAGUCGGUGAUAUCGAUCAGCGAGUAUACUCGGCUCUUUCAGAACAUGUUGGGCCAGUGCAAAGAGUAUAUCUAGCUCGACCGCUACAGGCCAUAGCAGUGAAAGGUACAACGCAUUUGCCGAGAUAUUCGAUCAGAUAUGAGAUGUGCUUUAUGGAAAGCCAGGUCGAUAAAGCACAACUAUUGAGUGCCUGCCGUGAACUCGUCCGAGUCAAUGAAAUCCUGCGUACAGUCUUCGUGACGGUCAACGGGAAAUGCUUUGGUGGUGUCGUGGACGAGUUUGAGGUGCCAAUCGAUGAGUUCGAGGUUGACACGGACAUAGAGAAGUUCAGCCGUGACUUAUGCGACCUCGACGUGAGCACGAGAAUGCCAGAAGGCUCGAGUUUCGUCAAGUUCUUUUACGUACAGAGUGAGGGACGCAGCUGUCUCAUAUUCCGCCUUUCCCAUGCGCAGUAUGACGAAAUGUGUCUGCCAAACAUGUUGCAGCAAUUGAGUCAGUUAUAUGAAGAGGCAGACGUGGAGCAAAGUUUGCCAUUCUCCUCUUAUGUCCGCCAUGCGGAGAUGAAUCUGCCUAGCUGCGCCGGAUAUUGGUCGAGUUUAUUGAGAGGCAGCAAGAUGUCUAGGUUGCGAGGUCCUGGCGAGGUCGUCGACCGCAAGCAGUUGACAUCUAUCACCAAAGCGAUAGAUAUUGAGAAGCGGCCAAGAGAUGUGACUCUUGCAACCUUCCCAACUGCAGCAUGGGCACUUUGUCUCGCUCGUAGGUUGAGGACCAAUGACGUGGUAUUCGGCGAAGUCGUAGGUGGCAGAAACACCGGAUUUGAUCACGCACAUCGUGUGGCAGGGCCAUGCUGGCAAUAUGUUCCCAUCCGAGUGCAGCUUGAAGGCAAUGGCCAUGAUCUGCUCAGGCAGGUUCAAACCCAGCAUGUAGAAAGCAGCCAAUUUGAAACCAUGGGCUUGACGGAAAUUGUGGAGCAAUGCACAGAUUGGAAAGAUGUUGACUGGUUUGACUCGGUAGUCCACCAAGCUGUGAAGCCUGUUGAGAGUGUCAACGGCCUAGCGAGUCGUCUGGAGACCUAUUAUCCUCAUGCCGAACCAUUGCGAGAGUGGAAGAUUCAGGCAUUUGUGGAGGGAAACGCGAUGGAACUCGAGGUAGUGACCUUCAGGGAGUGGAGUGGCUUUGGAGAGGAUUUGCUAAAUGACCUUGUCGAGGCUUUCGAGCAACUCGUUUUCGAGCCGGAACGAGUACUGGCCAUAGGAGAUGUCUUCUGA